GGUGACAGAGGCGGGGCUUCCGGCGGAAGUGGGUAGCUCUCCACUGGCGGCCGAGGAAGAUGCCGUGUGCUGUGUGGCGGUGGCGGUGGCUGUGCCUCGGGCUCUGCAGCCUGCUCCUGACGCAGGCGGAGGCCCCGAGCCCUGUGGAGCCGCCGGAGCGGAGCCGGCCGUAUGCUGUGCUGCGUGGGCAGAACCUGGUUUUGCUGGGGACCCUUUUCAGCAUCCUGUUGGUGACUGUGAUCCUUAUGGCAUUCUGUGUCUACAAGCCCAUUCGGCGUCGGUGACAGCCCGGCAAGCAAGUCCUUCCGAGAGCGUUUGGGAACAGAAUAAGUUGUGUUGCUCGUGGGUCAGUGGAGAAGUUGAAUCAGAAAUGUCCGGCUUGGAAACGACCUCUGGUCUGGACAGUUGGUAAAUGCUGAAUUAGAAAAAAACACCUAGCAUGAGCAUAUUCUAGCGCUGUAACGUGAGCGUUUGGCCACUGAGUCUGCUUCUCAGUGUUUCUCUUUAGAUUUGGCUCUUCUUGUUAGAAGACCUGAAGCUCCAAGUUUCAGUGUAAAGAUGGAGCGCUCAUGAGAAAGAAAACAUAACUUUGUGAGUGAUGUGAAAACCACACUGGGAAGGACUAAUCAUUACUGUUUGAAAAUAUUAAGAGGAAGAUUUCACGUGUAGAUGUUCCCUACUUAAGAUUAUCAUUUUGGUCACAAUGGGUUAAGAAUCACUAAUGUUUUAAAUUAUCUUGAGUUGGCCUAGAACACUUCGUUUGCAAAGGACUGUCAGCUGUGGGGAGCGGAGGCCGCCACUCCGCACGCUGCACGAAUCUCUGCACUCAGAUCCUCGCCCUGAAGUCAAGGUCACACCAGGCAGGCCUAUGAGCACAGGCACCCUUUGGCUGGAAGGCUCUGGGGUUGGGCUGCAAGUGUUAGCAGUCGGCCCGCCUGAAAAAGAACUCAUCCUGCUCCAGCACAUCCAUCUCCUUGCCCAGCCCACGGCCUAGAAGUUGGGCUGCUUUUCUGAUCUGGAAUCUGAAAGAGACUCAGCAGGAACUCUUUUCAGCCCUGGGUCGGGGGAGCGCAACAGAAGUGCAUGUUCACUGGACGAGGCAGAGUGGUCAGUGGGUGUGUGUUUACACAAAUUUAAUUUCAACUUUAAAGAUGCUGCUAUUUGUUUGCACUGUUGGUAAACUGGAUUUUUUUCCCCCUAUGGAACUGAUACUUUCAUACUUACAGUAUUUAUUUUAAAGGUGCUAGGUUUAACUUUGUUAUUAGAUUAAAAUGCUUAUCUUGUGCGCCAUUCAAGCACAGCACUGAUUUUUUUUUUUUUUUAAACAACCUGUACUUAAUGUGAAAUAACCAAUGUGGGAUACUGUAACCAUUUGACUAAAGGAUUUUGUUUGUAACCCUAACAUUGAGCCACUGAAAUGUUCACUGUUCUGUGCUUUUGAGCAAAAUGUCAAUUAAAAUUAAAGUAAAAUUGUACGUGC